AUGGCAGCACCUUCCAAUGAGAGUAAGAAGAAGGAGACGAGCAGCAACAACAAAAAUCUGUUCACAAUUGCCAUGAAAGGUGAAUGGAAAGAAGUCGAGAAUCUUUGCAAGGAAGAUAUCCGACGUCUAAAAUUGAAGAUCACAAAAUCAGGUGCCACAGCGCUGCAUGUAGCGGUCGGUGAAAAUCAAGUUUACACUGUUAAAGAAUUUGUGCAGCUGAUUACCGAAAAGAAUUUACCAAAAGAAGUGCUCGCAAUUCAAAACGAUGCAGGCUAUGCGCCUCUCCAUGUGGCAGCAUCGACGGGAAAUGAGGUUAUUUGCCGUUUGAUGGUGAACGCUGACCCUUCUCUAAUCGGUGUUCGGAACAAGAAAGGAGAAACCCCUCUCUUCUUGGCCGCUUUACAUGGAAAAGCUAGCAUUUUUCUCUACUUACACUAUGUCUGUGGCACUAGUUAUGGCUAUUCCUAUGCCAGAAGGAAAGAUGGUGACACUUUUCUGCACGCUGCAAUAGCAGGGGAACAUCUGGGUAACGACUCUAGCACUGUUUAA